UGUCAGCCUUCGUACAACCUACUGCAGCCCGCCUCCAGACUGUAUGCGCACUGUCGUCCACGACCGCCCUGGGAUCGACUGCGGCCCCUGCUCCGGCGCCCCUCCCCGAGAAUAGGGAUCCCCCCCGGCCGCCGCUUGGGCUCCCCACGUUCGCGGAGCGAGCGGCCUGGGGAAUAUUGCAAGUCCGCGCCUUCGACGGCUCGGUGCCCUUCGGCGCACGGGAGCAGCGGGACAACAACGGCAUAAAAAAACACACAAACCUUGGACGGUUCGCGCGGAGCUCUCGGAUCUGCGCUGUGCCCCCCUCCGCGGCGCGCUAACCGCGCGCCGGGGGCGGCGCUGGAGGCGCCGCACCGACCCGAGAAAUCCGCGAUAGCGCGGCCCCGACUGUAUGCCGGUUCUUGUUCGUCGAGG